AUGACGCCAGCGAUGCGUGCUUUUGCCUUUUGCGCCAUCUUCGUUGCGUUUUUCUACGUUAUGAAACGCGUUAGCCGCGCGGAAGUGUUGUUUUUUCGUAGGUAACGAAAAGUUUAGGUUAAAUAUAGAGCAAACGCGUUACAGAAGUUCCGUAACAAGUAAGAAGCCUGAAAAACUGCUGCAAGCUUAAGUUGCGCUGAAUGGAGCAGCCUGAGCUCAGCCAGUCCGUACCACCUGCAGCAGAAAAACAUGUAAGCGAAAGCUCUGUUCAUGACAUUUUGAUUGAUGCUGCACUGGAGUCAGUAUACAGAAAUGAGGCACUUGAUCCAGGUCAAGCUGAGCAGCUUGCAGCAUCAGAAACACCUGCUCAGGAAAGCUUUGCAGAAAGCGCACUUUCUUCAAUGCACCCUGGCAUUGAAAAGCUGGAGCCAGUUUUGGGCAGUGUGACAGUACCUGAAUCCAACACCCGAGAAGCAUUGUUAAAAGAAAAAAGAACAUUGAAUCUAUUGGACAAGGAACUUGAGAAUUUAGUGAAACCAUCUUCACAAUGUUCCAAAAAGCCAGAGAAUGAGUCUGGGCCUGGCGCCAGUCAGGACUUCACUGAAGUGCCAACUCCACUUGGCAAAGCAGUUCCGCAAGAUGUUCCCCUACAACCAGGUCCACCUGGUGAAACAGUUCAGCCAGACGUUGCUGAGGAACCUGCUCCAACUUGUGAAACAGUUCCAUUUGAUGUUGCUGAGCAGCCAGCUCAUGUUGCUGGAGCAGUUCCACGAGAUUUUUCUGAACAAGCUGCUUCAGUUGCUGAAGCGGUGUCACAGGAUGUCGUUGAACGAGCUGCCCCAAUUAGUGAAGCAGUUCCAGAAGUUGAACAAUCAGCUCCAUUUACUGAAGCAGUUCCACAAGAUGUUGAGCAGUCAGCUACAUUUUCUGAAGCAGCGCAACAAAGCAAAAUAGCUGAGCCAGUUGAUGCAGCUACACAAAAUGGGUCAGCAGCUACCUCCGAGCCAGAACUGAGGCGGUCAUCUCGUCCACGCAAACCCUCAGUGCGUAUGAGAUCCCCUGGUGGUGAGACUGUGGAACGCUCAUCAGAACCUGCAGUUUCGAAACGAAAAUCAGCCUCUCACAAAAUACCAGAUAACUUGCAAGCUGUGGUUCCUACAAAUACUGAACCUCCUACGCCAACAAAGUCCCUCCCAUCCAAGAUGGAGCGCAUGAAGUUUGGCAACAGCAGCCCACUUCUUUCAAAAGCAAAGAAAAAAAUUUCAACCGAGGAAAAGACUUGUGUUACUCAUUAUCGGCAGCAAAGUGCUGCACCAGGGAACACUUCUGACAGUCGUCUUAGCCAGUAUGCUUGCCAAAAGUGCAGUUUUCGUACUAGCCGCAUGGACAAUCUUGUGCGACACAACAAGCAAGAUUGUGCAUAUGUGAAGGACUUUUUCAGCUGGGAUGCGAACACUUUUACGGAAGCUACUCAAAUGCCCAAGAAGAGGUCUUUGUCACCAGCUGUAGUUUGUGUGAAUGAUGGCACCGAGGAAGCAAGCAACUCUUCAUCUGCUAGGCGCAAAAGGCAUAUGCGAAAAUUUGAAAGAAGCCCCAAAGCCCCAGAAAAGAAGAAACCAGCAACAGCGUCCCCAAGGUACAUCCACAUAAUUGAGAUGCAUGGGGAGAGCUCUGAAGAUGACAAUGAUGCAUCUGUGUCUGAUGCCACACCACAGGAAAAAAUUGAGUUUGCUGAAGAUGACGUUGUUUGGGUGGAGUGGAAGCGGUUGCACUGGCCUGCCUUGGUUCUGAAAGUUUAUCCGAAGACUAGGAAAGCCAAAGUGUUUCUAAUUCAUUCAAUCACGGCAAAAGAGACUGCCUUAGUCAACAUUAAAAAGAUGUUCAACUUCAACAACGCCGAGAGGAACAAACAAUUUUUGAAUGAAGGCCGUGUAGGGCACAACAGCGGUGCCUUGGUGAAAGCAGCACAAAAGGCUGAAGAAUUUCUUCGUAAACGAUGCCUUGGUAGCAGUAUUGAUGCCAAGAGAUUUUUCUGGAAUGAAGAAGGAGACACAUGUAGUACAGACAGCGAUGAUUUUGACUUGGACCCUUUUUGCCCAGAAGGCGAAGAUGAUGGGUUGGAUACAGCUGCUGCACGCAUCAAGGAAAAGCGAAAGCAACGCAAUGAGAAGCUUGUCCAGUGCAUUAAAGAAGGAAAAGUAAAUGAUCAUUUACUGGGUGUGCUGAAUGGCACGGUGCCAAGUGAACGCAACAAGUUAUUUUAUAGCACCAGUCGAAAUGAAAACCUACAACUCAAGGAUUGGUCAUGGUUUGGGCCUAUUGAGGAUGUCUCACAGCAAGAAGAGAUUUACGAGUUCUGCUUUGAGCUCCUGAAGGCAAAUUCAGACUUAGGCCCUACUUUUGACAUUGCAUCUUAUGUCAUCGAGGUGUGGUGCCCUGAGGCAGUGAUGAAGGCUCUGAGCAUAACACGUGGCAUUAACAUGGACAAAGCAGAAGAAGUCCUGCUGCGAGCGGUGAUUCAUACCAGGGCCGAGUUUGAGGCACACCGACAAGAGUUUUCCUCCACUCCUUUAGAUCCUGAAGCAGAGCGGGAACGUUCUGAGCGCAUGCAUACUGAAAUUCGGGACAGUGGCAUUGCUGAUGACAUUAUUGCUGCGCUCCUCUAAAAGGCUGCACAACCAUUUUUGACAGCAGUUCCUUUGCACAGAUUGCGUUUGCUUAAAGGGGUACUGACACAAAAAAUUUGCAUUUUGCUUUUUUGCUUAGUGAGAUAGCUACCGACACCAUAGUGGCAGUGUAGUGCGUGAAUUCUAUGAACAUUGAACAAAUCAAUUAUUAUAUCUUAAUGCGUUCGUUUAAAACACGCCAAAAGCAAUGUGGCUUCAUGGCAUAAGGUGUGUUAGCAAGCACCUUUUAUACAUCACGAAAAUUAGAGGUAGUGUUCAGGUCAUAUUACAAAUGACUGGUACUCAGAUCAGGCAGCCUGGUGGGCCAGGUGCAGUGGCCACAAGCCACACAAUUGCCUUGUCACUUAACGCUUGGCUUGCCACUUCGGCCAUUCAUGCCUCUUUUAUUCUGCACUUGGCAUUCUACACUGCUUCUCUGCUGUGGCUUCUCUUAGAACAAGCAGAAUUUUUCUCACUUAUUGUGCUGACCUUUCGGCAACAUGAUCACAGUGCAUCUUUGACCAUUGCACUGGGUCGACCCGCACUUGGGUGAUACCGUGCAACCACAACCCCCAAUUUCCAUGACCUGUUGGAUGUUCUGGUCAAAACACACAGCAUCGUUCUAUUUGGGCUAUGUUUUGAAUUCAUUGCAUCAAAAGAUUGUAUAAAUAUAGUUUGUUGCAUGUUUGAGGAAUUAAAGCUUUGUACUGCCGUUACAGAAUUAGUUUCUAGUUAACUAAAUAAGCAGAAAAGGAAUGUUGUGUCAGUAUUCCUUUAAUAUUAAAUUUUUAUUCUUUGUGUAUAUCCACACUUGUGAGACUGCUUUCCAGGACCACUAAUUGUGUGUGGUUGCAGAAACAUUUGUGUGCAUUCUUUUGUUUCCUACCACCAUAAUUCUAAUGCGCAUAUUGUGUGAAAAUAUCAUUCAAUCUUACCACUUUGUUCUGAAGUAUUUGUUUAUUGGGCUAAGUCGGCACAGUAUUUUUUACUUUUAUUCUUAAUUUUGAAAUUUCUAGUAUAAGAUGUUUGUUUUAUUUGAAUGUUCAUUUCUGCAGUUCAUAAAUUUUCUAAACAUUAAUUAUUGUUUAUGCAUGAUUCGAGUGAGUGGAUUUUCAUUCUUUGUGCUUUUCCUGGUAUGUGUAGUGUUUUCUUUACCUUGAAACCUUUCUGUGUAUUCGCAUGUCUACUUGCUGAACAAUUUGUGCAAGCCUAUUCAUCACCUAAAAUUAUUUUGUCCUCACUUGUUACUUCUGAGAAUUUACAUGUGAUUUUCCUCGGUCAUUUGUGCACAUUUUUCUCAACAGUUGGUUUUUAUAAUUCAUGGCGAGUAGGUACAAGAUGUCUUUAGGUUAAUUUGUGCAUUUGGCAAAGUCCUAAAUAUUUAUUUCUGCCAGUAGUUAGUGUAGGGUUAAAUGAACUGUUUCUUUCUUCUGGCGCAAUUACAUCAUUUCAUAUAGAAGAGCCAUUGCAAUUUCAGUAACCAGCUAAGGGGAAACAAUUUUGUAAGCAUGACUCACCAAUGUUAUUUCUGGUAGUACUGGUUCCAUCCUUGUGCAUUCUUCUUUAUCUCUGUGUGGUGUGGGGUUGCGUGAAUUGUCUUUACCAGAAAUGUAUUUCUUGCUGCCGUUCCUCAAGUCCUUUAUGUCUGCUCGAUGAAUUUUUCCUGAUUUCCAGCUUUUGUUCAUAAUAUAGUUUUCAGUUCGCUGGCAUGUGGGCUAGUGGUAAGCAGUAAUGCUUGUCUUAGUUGAUGUCAGAAAUGUUAAUGGCUCCCUAACAGACUGUUUCAUAUUUUGAUCUGGGGCCAGUUGCUUCAAGCACUUUACCUUUGGGUAAAUUUGCCAUGGCAGUUGUAAAGCUUCAAGCAAGUGGCUGCAAGUUUCUGCACAAUAAGUUGUCAAAUGACCAACCAGUGAUACUGGCAUGAAACUUCUGAUAUUUUUAAUUCAACAACUUGCUGUGCUGCAACUGCCACUUUUGCAAAGUUUUUUUACUGUGGGUAUAAUUAUAUCCACGGGUAAAUUGCUUCGUGCAAAUGGGCCGAGAACAUCAACACAUCACAAGUGUAUGUGGCUAAUGUUAGUGGGUGUCCCAGUUGCUGGGCCUGCCUGCAUUGGCUUAUGUUUCUACAGAUGAAUGCAGAGUUAAGCAUGUUUAUUCAUUUAUCUCAUCAUUACAUUGAUUCCUCUGAAAUUUACAUUGUGUAAGGCUAGUGUGGCCAGCUAGGCAAUGCUUGAUUGCUUAUGUACCUUUUAAAUUGCAUAUUUCAUCAAUACAUGUAAUGGUUACAUCAUGUAAAGUAUGGCUGGUGCUUUGUUGUUGUGCCAUUUGAUUACCUGAAUUGGUUUGUACAGGCGGUUCAAAUGAAUGCACUAGACACCAUUAUUUUCAUCUCAUUAAUAUAUUUUUGUCCAUAGUGCUAGAUUUGGACUAUCUCUGGCAGCUUAGCAUAUUACUGGUAUAUAUCUUCUUAAUUUUCUUAUUGGAACAACAAAUAAAAUCAAACAUAAAUGCAAAAAAUUAUGUUCAUUUCACUUGGACUAGCACGUUUUCAUUCUAAGCAAAGUUCUGCUAUCAGCUACUGUUUUUUUUUUUCACCCAAAACCUGAAAUGUGCAGUAAACAGCAGCAAAUGGCCAGCUCUACUGCAGUUCAUGUAGGUUUUUUUUUUUUGUCUCAACAUAAACACUGUGCUGUCUGAGAAAUGAAUUAGGUAUUCUGUUGCUUCUUGUAAAAGGUAUUCGAGUGGUGCUUGAUUAAAAAUUUGCUCUUCCAUCAA